AUGGGCGCUCUCUCGACCGACGACGUAGCAUGGGCAACAACUAAACUCCAUAGAUGGGAUGCUUUCGUGUAUACUGUCGAUAACAACACCACCAUGCCAUUUCACACAGACCGCAAUAAAGGCAGAGAAGCGAAUGCUUACCUGACCCAUAUCAUCCAGAAUUAUGAAUCGCUCCAUACGACAGUCGCAUUUGUACAUUCGCACGAGUUUGGUUGGCUGAGAGCAUGGCAUACUGAUGCACCGCGUCACUCUAAUGUCGAGAGUCUGAACUCGUUGAACAUCGACUUCGUCCAAAGGAACGGCUAUGCCAACCUGAGAUGUUUGCCAGAUCCUGGCUGUCCAGAUGAAGUACGACCAUUACGAGAGCCCAAGGACGAGGGUAAGACGACUGAAGCAGUAUUCGCUGCUGCUUGGAGAGAAAUAUUUCACAACGACGAUGUUCCAGAAGUCGUCGGCGUAGCCUGUUGUGCACAAUUCGCAGUGUCAAAGCAGCAGAUACUUCAGAGGACCAAGGAAGAAUAUAUUCGCAUGCAUGCGUGGUUGAUGAAUACCCAACUGGAUGACCAAGUUGUCGGGCGUGUGUUCGAGUAUCUCUGGCAUAUAAUAUUCGGUCAAGAGUCUGUUUAUUGCCCUAGCCUGGCACAAUGUUACCGAGACGUGUACGGCACCAGGUGA